AUGGUCUUGAUGCGUGCCCUUUUCUCCCUCGUGGCCCUCCCUUGCGUGGCCCUGGCAGCUCCUGCCAAGAGGGACUCCCCAUCUGUGACCAUUUCGUCCCCCUCGGCGACCAUCGUUGGUAGUUCGCUUUUUGGUGUCGAUCGGUUCAACAAUAUCCCCUUUGCCCAACAGCCCACCGGCUCCUUGCGGCUGAAGCCUCCUCAGCCGCUGGAAGCACCCUUGGGUACAGUCGAUGCCUCGGGAGGGUCACGCUCAUGUCCGCAGUUCUUCUUUUCGACCAAUAACCCUGAGUUCCCGGGCUCUAUCAUUGGCCAGCUUGCCAACAUCCCGUUGUUCCAAGCUGUCACCAAUGCCGGAGAGGACUGUCUCGGGCUGGACAUCCGCCGUCCGGCCGGCACGACCCCAGAUUCCAAGCUACCAGUACUGGUAUGGAUCUACGGAGGCGGGUUCGAGCUGGGAUCGUCGUCAACGUAUGAGGGAACGCCAUUAGUGGCGAGCUCCGUGGACCUGGACAUGCCGAUUGUCUUCGUCGCCAUCAACUACCGCGUUGGUGGAUUCGGGUUCAUGCCUGGGAAGGAGAUCCUGGCCGACGGCUCGGCCAAUCUGGGUUUGCUGGACCAGCGACUGGCCCUACAAUGGGUCGCCGACAAUAUCGCAGCCUUCGGCGGCGACCCCGACAAGGUCACCAUCUGGGGCGAGUCCGCCGGGUCCAUCUCCGUGUACGACCAGAUGAUCUUGUACGACGGCGACUACACCUACAAGGGCAGACCGCUCUUCCACGGUGCCAUCAUGAACUCGGGCGGUGCCAUCCCCGCUGACCCCGUCGACGGCGUGAAGGGUCAGGCCGUCUAUGACCAGGUCGUCGCAACAGCCGGGUGCUCGUCCGCCUCCGACACGCUCGAGUGCCUCCGUGGACUGGACUACACCGACUUCCUCAACGCCGCGAACUCGGUGCCAGGCAUCCUGAGCUACCACUCCGUCGCGCUGUCUUACCUGCCCCGUCCCGACGGCAAGGUGCUCACGCAGAGUCCCGACCUCGUCGGCAAGGCCGGCAAGUACGCGCCGGUCCCAUUUAUCAUUGGCGACCAGGAAGACGAGGGGACGCUGUUCGCCCUGUUCCAGUCCAACAUCACAACCACUACCGACAUCGUCGAUUACUUCAAGAAGUACUACUUCUUCUCGGCGUCGCGCGCGCAGCUCCAAGAGCUGGUCGGCACCUACCAGACCAUCACCGAGGACGGCUCGCCGUUCCGCACAAGCAUCUUUAACAACUGGUACCCGCAGUUCAAACGGCUGGCGGCCAUACUGGGCGAUCUAACAUUCACGCUGACACGGCGCGCGCUGCUGAAGUACACGACAGAGGCUAAGCCCGACGUACCCUGCUGGUCGUACUUGGCGUCGUACGGCUAUGGCACGCCUAUCUUGGGCACCCUGCACGGCAGCGACAUCCUGCAGGUGUUUUACGGCAUCCUGCCUAACUACGCGUCGCGGUCGAUCCACACGUACUAUUUCAGCUUCGUUUACGACCAGGACCCGAACUCGCGGCGCGGCAGUUUCAUGGAGUGGCCGCAGUGGAAGGACGACAACCAGCUGAUGCAUUUCAUGGCCAAUAAGGGGGCCCUCCUGAAGGACGACUUUCGGUCGGAUACAUAUGAGUUUCUUUUGAAGAAUGUGGACUCGUUCCAUAUUUAG